CGUCUCUCAGCCAAGAUCAAGCAUCAAUAACUUCCAAGUACGCCCGGAUUCGUAGCCCUGGCUAAGCGACAUUGCACACACGUUCAUAUGGCAAAGAAGCCAAGCGAUUUAGCGUGUGCGGAAACAGUCAAAUGGUCUUUUCCGCUCUAUCAGUCGGGAUUGGAAUACGCAGUGAGAAGGUUUUGCAGAAGACGCAGAAGAAACUUGUGUAUUAAACGUUAAUUAUCCGCGGUACCUGAAAUGGGGAAACGCCUCGAGUGAACCUUUCUGCAGUGGUGAUUUCAACGAUCGAUCGUAAACAAACCUGUUGUAGACUGAUGCGCAAACAGUGCAAGUGCGCGGGUAUAAUUUUUGGCGAAAAAACUUGGCAAACAGUGUGUUGAAUUUAUGUACAAGGUGUGCGAAAUUCCGAGCGCCCAAAUAAAGAAACGUCGAUUUUUAAGUUACCUUAGGCCGAACCAAUCACCGCUGAUCGUCGUCGUGAAUCGUUCCUCACAGCAGCACAUGUGGUCAGUUUUCGCGCAGUUUCAACCCGUCUCUAGACCGGUUCGGGAGAGUGGCCGCUUUUGACCAGUUGACUGUCUGUUUUUGUUGUUGACUCUUAUGUAACAUUCGAAGUUUACUAAGAAAAUCAUAAUCGUCGAAGAAGCUUGAUCAGUGGAUAGUGAAAAUGCGAGAAAAUAUCGCCCUAUUAGUGGGCACAGCGUGUGCCCUUAUCUGUCUGCAAUUUGUACGGACGGAUAUAAGCGAGAAUGAUACUGACUACGACGAAGAAGGAUUUUGGAUCGGACAUGGUCUGGGAAGCAGAAAGGAAGGUGAUGAAGUCCUCAAGGUGCUGCACAAAUCCGUUGGACCUUUCACUGAACCGCAGAAUGUGACAAUCGUUGAGAAGUUCACCGCCGGCGAAGGCGAAAGCAUAACAUUCACACAAUUCAAUACUUCGCGGGUCCUCCUGUACUUCCGUGAGAUGGUGCUCGAUUUCAACCCGAAAAACUUCUACAUCAAGCUGAAUCUGUACAACAUCACAAACCUCCGGCUGCAGAGAACAGUUUUCGGCUAUCGAUCGAAUACGGCGAAAAGGCGAAAUGCUCUGUAGAUAGCUUACAACGACACAUAGGACAACGCAUAAUGCAACCUAGCGCUUAAGUAACAUGACGUUUUCCGUUUUCCAACGAAUAGUCUGCAGCUAGCAGAUCCACAAAGCCAAAAAUAUUGUAUCUUCUAUCGUUCAUAUCAUAGUUUAUCAGACGAACUCAACCGUAGAGAGAUAAGUGUUUUCAGAGAAACUUUGUACAAAAUAUUCUUUAAUACUGAAGCAAUCCGAUUCAGGGCGACGCGAGAAAAUCAUACCGUCAUACCUCAACCUCAUUCGAAGGAGUCGCGGACAAUUAACACAAUCCGCCACAAAUGGAAACUGAUUCGAGCAGACAAUACACAAACCGAUAUUUUAACAAAUACUCACAUAGGUGUACUUAAGGUCGUAAUACGAGCCGUGACAAAUCCCACUGAAAGAAACAGUUAUGAAAAUAAGCAUGUUGGCUAUACCAAUUAUGUCAAUCAGUCGCUAAUGACAAUCAUGGCAAGGCAGGCUUUCCUCCCGUAAAUAGCCCCAGAGCUGGUACGUAUUAUCAGACGUAUAAUGUAUAGGGGAAAUGCUAAAGGCGAAACGAAAGUGAAUAUUAUGCAUUAUUGGUAAGUGCUGGGGGUGUGCAAAACCAAAUAACUUACCAUUGAAAAGCGACGUCAGCUAUUGCGACACCCUUCGGGCAGGCAUUCCGGAUGUCAGGUUUUGCGUUAUGAUGUCAGAUCGUGUUGGUUAUGCAAUUCACUGGUAGAUUGUAUAUUUUUGUUUAUCUGUUAAGUUAUUAAGCAAAUAAAUGGAACGACCAGAUAUCGGUCGGAGUUAUCGACGUAA